GUCUUCAUGUCUCAUGGUACUAUCGCAAAGGUAUGAAAAUGUGAUUUGGCUUAAAUAAUGAUAACGGCAUAUCGAGGAACCACCGUGAACACUACGCCACAGAAUAACUUACUGUACUAUACAGCAGCUCCACCUACAGACAACAUUAGGCCUCCCGGAAUGAGAUAAAAUAGCGAUAACUUAUCAAUAAUUUACCGCUUAUAAAAUACUUUAUGUUUAUAUCUCCUUAUUGAACGCUGUCAAACCACAAUAUACUAUAUAGUAUAGAAGUCUGUGUGUCAAACGUUAACAACUCGCGAAUUAUGAUGCCAUGUGAUAAUUGUUAAAUUUAAUUCAUCAAUAUCAAUCACAAUACAUAGUCCAAUAAUACCAUUACACAUCUUAAUGCUCAUUCACGGUUCGCCUUUCAUGUUCCAGCGUUGUACAAUUAACAUUUAGUGCAUUGGAUGAAGAAUUAAUAAUUUACGAUAAGAUUUGUAUAAUUACUUAUAUGCUUGAAUUGUGUUUUAGCAAAUAAUUCAUCUUACUGUUCUUUCAUUUGUGCUAAAUAAUCUGAAUUCAAACAAAAUGUAUACAAAUCAAUACACUCCUCAAUAUUCACAAUAUAAUCAACAAUAUCAACAAUAUCCGCCUAAUUACUACCAAAUGUACAAUUAUAAUCAACAACCUGCUUAUAAUAUUCCACCACCAACGCAAACAGCUUCAACGUUCAUAAGCACAAACGUACCUGUUCAACAGCCACAAGUAACAACUCCCGGACAAAGUGUUACUAGUUUAUGGAUGGGAAGUCUGGAACCUCAUAUGACAGAGAGUUUCAUCACUGGUGCUUUUCAAAAAAUGGGAGAAUAUCCAAAGAAUGUUAAGUUGAUGCGUAAUAAAAAUACUGGUGAAACUGCUGGCUAUGCAUUUGUUGACUUUUAUGAUCCCGUAUCUGUUAUGCAUAAACUUAAUGGAAAAUAUAUACCUGGUACUAAUCCACCUGUAAGAUUUAAACUCAACCACGCUGGAAAUCCUGGAAAAAUUACUACAAGCGAUAGAGAUUUUUCUGUUUGGUUAGGUGAACUUAGUUCUGAUGUAGAUGAUUAUCAGUUAUAUAAAACGUUUGCUUGCCGCUAUCAAUCUAUACGCACAGCUAAAGUGGUUUUAGACAGUGCUGGUUACAGUAAAGGAUAUGGAUUUAUUCGUUUUGGCAGUGAAGAAGAACAAAAACACUGUCUUAACAAUAUGAACGGUUUUCCAGGUCUUGGUUCCAAACCCAUAAAGGUUAGCAGUGUCAUACCAAAAUCAGAAAGGCAUAUUGUUGUUGCUUCAAAUGAAUCUCAAGGAUAUAAGGCUAGUCAAGAUUAUGGACAGUAUUUUGAAACCAACUAUUGGCAUCGAUACUCAAUGUGGAACCAACCUCAAAGUCAGAAUUGUAUGCUUAGGACAGAACCAACGAUUGAAACUACUGCUAUUAAAACUAAUGGAAAUUUAAAUUUAGUUGAUUACAAAAAGUCAAUUGAUAUAGAUGCAUUAAAUAAAGAUCUAGUGACACAAGAUUACAAUUUAUGGGAUGCACUUGAAAGUUCUAAAUGGCUACCACUCGACACUGUAGAGGUUAUUUAAAUAUGAAUGAGAACAUCAAAUAUUUAUGUUUUUUUUUUUUAUCUACUAUACAUUAUGCACUUAUACAUUACUAUGAUAAAUAAUGUUCUUAAAAUAUUUUUUUUAUAUAUAUAUGAUAAAUACUUUUGAGAAAUAUGACUUAAGAUAACUUAAAAUUAAUAAGCAACUUAUCUUAUUCUUUGUGUGUGUAUCUAUAGCAUAUAAUAUUGAUUCAUAUUUAA